AUGAGUGAUUCUGCAUGGGGAGUAUUAGAAUGUACUACUCCAAAAUAUCCAUCCAUUCCACUUUAUGACACAACUAGUUUGUUUGGAAGAAAUAAUACGUCAAUGAAAAUACGAAAUCUUACAAUCUCAUCAAGACAUUUCAUUAUACAAGUUAAACAAGAAGGAAAUGAAAAGAAAUACAUUUGUAUUGAUACAUCAACAAAUGGGACAUAUAUAAACAAUGAAAUUAUGGGAAAAAGAAUGGCAACAAAAGAAAUUAAAUUAUAUGAUGAAAUCUCAAUGCUUGACCCACAAAAAGAUGAAGGAAGUAUAUCAUAUAUAUUUAUUCCAUUUGAAGAACAAAAAAAAGAGAAAAUAGAAGGAGGACCACAAAAUAAAUAUGAUAUUGGAAGAUAUUUAGGAAGUGGGAAUUUUGCAAGGGUAAGAGAAGUAAUAGAAAAAGACAAUAAACAAAAAUAUGCAAUAAAAAUUAUUGACCGUCAAAAAAUGAAAGAAAUAGGAGAAAAUGAGAAAGUAGUAUUAAAUGAAUAUUCUAUAAUGAAAAAACUUCAUCAUAUUAAUAUUAUUCAAUUACAUGAUGUAUUUCUUACACAAGAAUAUUUUUAUUUAGUAUUUGAAUU